UUUACUUUACCUACACAGCUUUAUGAUCCAAAUAUGAAACUUGCAUGCAAAGCAAUAAUCUCAAAACACCCUUCAAAAACCCAAAACCCUCAAACACAUCUAACCAAACUCCCUCAAGUUCUCCCACCAUAUUUUAGAUUGAAUAUGGAUAGCUUGAUCAAGCAAACAAGGAGGAGGCAUCCAACUUCCCAGGGCAAAACUGGUGAGGUUGGUAGCUCCACUAGAGAGAAGAAAGUGCCAGCAAGGAGAUCUGUUUCAUUCAAAGAAGUAGAUAAGAAGAAGCCUUCAAGCUGGUUACAAAAGCAGUUCAUGAGGCAAAUGAGCGACCAAGGCUAUGACCCGAUCAGCGAGAUGGACCACGCAGCUGCGGUUGCAGCCACUGCUUAUGCCAUAACCACUUUUGAAGAAACUUGGCUAGAGAGUUAUCAUGUAAAGACUGGUCUCGAACGUGGAGCUUCGUUGUCAAGGAGCAAGAGUAGAAGAGAAGCGUCACCUUUUGAAGAACCAAGAAGCUUGUCAAGAAGAUUCUCAGGACAACUUUCACUUAAGGAACCAGAGUUAAAUGGAGACCACACCAGACGAAGUGGGGAUUCAAGGGAGAAACGUGAGAGACAAAGAAAACGGGUUUCUGAACCGCCAGCUCCAAUGCGGAAACAACCACCGACCAGGACACGAUCAGAACGUCAUGCUCCACCACCACCACCACCACCCCCUCCUCCUCCUCUAUCGCCUCCGCCUCUCCGGCUUCCACCUAUGGAAAUCAAAACGCAUAGCUCAGGCCAUACUAGUCGAAAAGAUGAUGCUACAGCAGAUGAUUGGGAAAAAACUGAACUAGCUAAGAUCAAAGCAAGGUACGAGAAGUUAAACAGAAAGAUCGAUCUGUGGGAAGAGAAGAAGAGGGACAAAGCUAGAAGGAAGCUGGACAAAUCUGAGAGCGAACAAGAACAGAAGAGGAAGAGAGGUUUGCAGAGAUUUAGAGAAGACAUGGAAUACAUUGAACAGAUUGCAGCCGGAGCAAGAGCUCAGGCAGGGAAACAAAGGCAGACCGAAGAGUUGAAGGUGAAGGAGAAAGCAGGAAUUGUGCGUAGUACCGGUAAAAUUCCUGGAAAAGCAUGUUUCUGUUUCUGAGACCAAGACAGAGGAUCUCUAUAUAUAUAUUUGUAGCUAUUGUGAGUGUAUGUUUGAAAGAGAGAUUAUUUCAAAUUGAUGACUCUGUUAAUUAAUAUUGUACUAUCAUAGUUCUGAUGAUAUAAAUUUAUAGAAGUUUUACUGUA